ACAACAUGAUAAAAGUAAGUGCAAAACCGCAACUUAAUCGGAUGUUUAGUUUUUUUACAAUCCGCAUCCGAAAAUUACCUGCUUCUUCGAGCCGUCAUAUAAUGAAUUAAUCCGAAUUAAUACGAAGUUUUGCGUUUGAAUUUUGCUAGAAAAAUCCACACGGACUUUCCAGUAACACAAAACUGUAUGUUAAGAAUUAAUCUAAAAUUGUACAUUUGAAUUUACUAAAAACAAAAUCGGUACGAGCUUUCUGGCCAAUCCAAUAUGAGAGAAGGGUAUCCUCGACCUGACGAAUUCCGACCUGAAUAACAGUUCGUUUCCGCAAUUGCAAAUUGGAACUCUGUCACAUUGCCAGUCGUUUUUUCGCUAAAUUGCGACGAAUAAAGUUACCUAAAUUCAUUUAUACAUUUUGAUCCGGCGCGCGCGACACGUUCUGCUUUCUAGCGAUGCCGGUAGCGAUUUUUCCUUGCCUUGUAUUGUUUUAGGAAGCUGUUCGCGCGCGAUCGCGGACGAAUCUAACACCGAUAAGAAAGUUUUGACUGACGUCUUCAUUGUUCGGCUGAAAGUUCGCCGCGGACAAUGAGGCUAUUCGUAGCCGGCGCAACGAGCAGAACAAUACUUGUCGGCACAAAUAUUGCUCGUGCACCGUCGCUGCUUCACCGCAAUUUCUUACAAUGAAGUUCAGCGAGGCCGAAUGCAUUAUAGUCUUUUUGGUUAUUCAGCGAUAGAUAGAGCAAUUACUCGAGUCUUAAAAAAUAUGGCAUAAACGGGUAAAGGAUAAAUACAGGAGAGGUAAAUGGCGUGUGGCAAAUAUAAGUGGAAGUGAGAGAACAUGCGCUAUUCCAUGCCAUUUGAGCGAAUUAUUCGCAAAUAAACGCUCCAAUUAAUUCGUUUGAUUUAAUGGCUAAUUUGUUUACGCUUCAAUUUGCAAGGAUAGUCAAAAUCAGUUAAACUCGUUAAUCUCAACUAAAUUUUAGUUUAAUAAAUAAUCAAUAAGCUUCAAAUUUAUAAAAUUUCGACCGAGCGUUUAUAUCUUAUAGAUGUAAUAGCACGAUAAAGAAAGACAGAAAAUACGUUUCGUUCUUUUUUUUAUGUAUUAAACAUGCAAUUUUACAUAAUGUAUCCUUUUUGUUUCAUUUCCUUUUGUACGAAGCGGCACGAAUUGCGCAUUGCUUUCAGAUUUGCGAGUAGUUUGACUUGCACGUGUUUCGUUGAUUGGCCGUUUUGUAAUUUCGAAUGCGCAGCUUACGGCAGAACAAAAUCGGAACGCGACGUGACAAAAUUGUGACGUUAAAAUUCGCUGGAACGUUUAUAUCUGCACGAGUGCUGGCUCUCCACGCGUUUGAUAAAUCAUCGCGCCAUGCGGAUAUUGUUAAAUUACUGAUUCGUUAUUAAUCUUUCCCUGUCUGUGCACUAACGAACUGCUCGAUUCGAGCGGUGCUGUUGUGCUGUACUACACGAAGAAUCGUAAACGCGAAACGAAACGUCAUUCACGUCGAAAUCAAUGUUAAUUAAAGUAAUACUGUUUGUAGCUUAAAAGGCCGGCAUGAGUUUAAAUGACGCGGAUUUUGAAAAGCUGGAAACCUGCACAAUAGGAUCGAAGCACAAAAUUAAAUAUUAUAAUGCAAGAGACAAAAGUGCAAAUUGGAGGGUGAACAAACAUUUGAGUGAGCUGUGGCUAAUUUGACGCUAAGACGAAAUUAAAUCAUGGCUCGUAUCGAGUGAUAAUCACUGCAUAAUUAUGUGCAAGAUAAAUCGCAGAUUUAGAUUAGAAUAAUUAAUUAAAUCGCGUGUGUACCCGAUGUGGAAGCUGCAUGCAUCCGCAAGUGUAUGCGGCUGCUCGGAAGAUGAUGCGAGUGGGAGAUCUGAUCGCCAUUAUGGAGGAAGGCGAUUUUGACAGGGACGACACCAUAGACACGGACUCUUUGGAGUUCGAGGCUACGCAGGUAUCGUCAUGUCCCAAAAGAUUAGACUUGAGCAAAGGAGGCCUGUCAAGGAUUCCUGACAGCGCGAUUGCUUUCCCAGCGAUAGAGGAGCUCAUAUUAGGAUACAACCAGUUUACUAAUGUCGACAACAAUCUAAAGCUUUUGCACAGGUUCCCGAAACUUCAUGCCGUCCAUCUGGAGAGCAACGAUCUCCGCAGAAUCCCGCGGGAGCUGCUAGAACUGCCGGCGCUGACCUAUCUUAAUCUCUCGGACAACAAGAUCGAGAUAAUUCCGGCUGACAUCCGCCAACUGGUCAACUUGAAAGAGUUGAUCCUUGACCGUAAUGCCAUCAAGGACCUACCAGACGAAGUGACACGGCUGAGAAACUUGAGAAAUAUUUCCCUCGUCGGAAAUUUACUCAGCACUGCACCAUCCUUCUUCAAUAUGCGAGCUCUCGCUCUAACGGAAGUUCUGUCGAAGGCAGAUCAUGGGAAAUCUUACAAAGACGAGAAAACCAAUCAUAUCCAUUUACACAAAAUCAAUCUGAGAAACAAUCAGCUAAAGGGAAACAUAAUCUUGGGAAAUUAUGGCAAUUUGACGCAUCUGGACGUCAGCGAAAAUAGUAUCGAAAAGUUGGACAUCAGCGCUCUGCAGGAACUCAGGAGCGUUCGAUGUGGACGAAAUCACCUAACAGAAUUAACUCUCUGCGGUCGAAAUCUCGUAUCACUCAUUGCGGGAAAUAAUAAGCUGAAGAAGUUAACAAUCGAACCUGUGCCAAUUAAUUUAGAACAUCUGGACAUUUCCUACAACAAUUUGGACGCACUGCCGGAAUGGACGACCGAAUUACCAGCAUUGCGUGUCCUUUUCGCGUCGCACAACGCUCUAACGGCUCUCCCGGACAAAUUAUUGUCGCAACCAUCAAGACUAGAAGUUCUCCAUCUGCCACACAACCGAUUACAAGCCCUGCCACCGCCCAGAAGGCCGUUGAAUAUCGCUCAUUUGACGUUGCAAGGCAACAUGUUGACCACGCUGCCAACUAGCUUUUUCGCAAACACCGAAAAGAUGAAAGUUCUGAAUCUCUCUAACAAUCGCCUCUCUGAACUGCCGUAUCGUGAAGAAGCUGGCAAGAGCCACCAAGGAUCGCACACUUUGGAGAAAUUGUACAUCACGGCAAACUGUCUGACCGACACCGCUCUUGACGCUCUGACAAAGUUCACAUCUUUGCGAGUUCUUCAUAUUGCGUAUAACACUUUGGACACACUUCCGGAGAGUUGCAUAGCUGCGUGGGGCGAUUUGGAAGAACUGGUUCUAUCCGGAAAUCGAUUGCAAUAUCUUCCUGACAACGUAGCCAAUUUGCGACACUUACGCGUACUGCGUGUGCAUUCUAAUCGACUUUUGACGUGCCCUACUUUCAGUAAAACAACGUCCUUGAAGGUGCUAGAUUUGGCUCACAAUCAGUUGGACAGGGUGAACCUAGCGACCCUAGUACCACCGCAAUUACAGUUUCUCGACAUAUCGUGCAAUUCCCGGUUGCACGUGGACCCACGGCAGUUUCAAGUCUACAAAUCUCAAAGGCCGAUAUCUCUAGUGGACGUAUCCGGGCAAAACAGACCCUGUCUCCCCUCUCAUCCCUUUCAACAGGAAAUUGUCGCAGCAGAGAAAAAUACUGAGCAUCCGUGGCGAUUGGGAUUCUCGGAAACUGCGGGCUCGCGCGAAAAGCUGUACGUUUCUCAAGUACGCAUGCCGUCCUUCUGCAACGUCGAGGGUCUAUUCGGCAUAUUCGACGGAGGUUCCAAUCAGGAGGCACCCAGCGCCCUUCAAGAAAUGAUCCCCCGUCUCUUGCUGGAAGAACGGACAGUGCGAGAAACAUCCAAGGAAUAUUUGAAAUACACCUUGCUGUCGGCACACAGAGAACUGAAGGAAAAGGGCCAAAAGUAUGGAAUAGACGCCACUUUAGUUCACGUGACGAAGUUACCGUCACAGCAAGGAUACCCAAAAUCCUCGGCCAAGUACAUCCUGAAGGUUGCUUCCUCGGGCGAUGCCAAGGCUGUCUUAUGCAGGGCCGCUGGUCCCUUGACCCUCGCGGUAUCCACGAAAGCUCAACCAGUCAAGAAUCAGUUGGGCAACGCUGCCAUGUUCCCGUUCGUGGUACCAGAUCCGGUAUUCGAGGAAGUGACACUGGAGGACGACGACGAGUUCAUCAUAGUUGCCAAUCGAAGAUUAUGGGAAGUCCUAAGCGUGCAGGAGGCCGUGAGAGAGGCCAGGGCUGAAGCUAGUCCAGUUUUGGCAGCCAAGAGACUUCAGGAUCUGGCGCAGGCUUAUGGUGCCGAGGACAACUUGAGCAUCGUCGUUGUUCGCUUGACGGGGCCGAGUCCUGGCGAUAUGGAUCAACUGAUGCGGGAACUUAGGCACGCAGUUGGCAAAAAUAGAAACCAGACUGACGGCGUGUGUCCUUGUCCUUGUUGCGUGCCGCCAGCGGCACACAAGCCACCUGCAGCCUGCUGCUGUCAUGCGAGCGAGGGCUAUUAUCUGAAUGGCGUGUUGAAAAGCAUAGUGAGCAGAUCCAACAAAGUUCACAGUGGCUCCGGUAGGUACUUCAAGAAUUCCAGAUCGUCACAAGAGAAUGAAAGCCCGCCGUAUAGAGACGACCGCAGCUCGCCGAGCGGACAAUCGGAUCAAGCGAGCGACAGCACCUUCAAGUCGCGCCAUCCGUCUGGAAGGAUAUGGUCUGGGAGUGCAGCUUCCAGAGCCACGAGCAAGGCCCACCAAAGCAUCCUCGUGCAAGAGAACGGGACGCGAAAGGCGUCGUCCUGUAUAACCACGCAGGAGGACACCGUUUCGGAGAGGUCGGGCGCUCUUAGCGAGGAACAGUUUCGUUGCUGGGAGUACAUGCUGGAGCAGAACACUCAGUUGUUGUUCGAUAAGGAGCUGGACACGCUGACGAAGGCGCCGCUGCACCGGGGUCAAUCGAGAUCAACGCCGCAGCUAGGCAGCAACUUGCCCUUUCUAUCGAAGAGGUUUGGCAGCGCCAGGUCCUUCAACCCUUCCUUACCGCGACCACCAGUCGUCCGUUUCGGUAGUGGACGCAGAUUGUUGAAUGGCGGACCAAAUGCAGCUUACUUCGGUAGUCUACAGAGGCUGAUGCCGUACAAUCUGGAGUAUGACUUUGCUGUGAUCCAAGAGAGAGGCGGCAUGGACUCAUUGGAGCAGGACGCCACGAGAAUGCAGCAGUACUGGGGAGUGGCCACCACCGAGUUAUAGACAAGAAUCUAUUUAUGGAGAUCGGAAACAACGGGACACAAGCGAAGGAUCUGCAGAUCCAAGAAUUCAUGACUAGCUGUGACGAGUCUGAGCGGAGUUGGAGGAUCUCGCCGUUGCUAUAAGAUUUAAUGGGUUAUUAAGUAAUUGUAAGUAAACUGGCUUGCGAUGUCCAGAUAGCGAUGAAUCGAAUUGAACAUAUAUACUUAUGACAGCACGACAUAGCUUGUCGUACAUUAUAUGUGCAAAUAAGUUCUAUCCGCUAUAGAUGAGUAAGAGUAGAACUUAUUUGCCUUAUAUUAAUUUUAUAGCAGAAGAAAUUAAUUUUAUAGGAACCUUUUAAAAAACAAAAACACAAAAUUCUCUCUUCAGAACAUCGCUACAUUGAGUUGUAUCAUCAUCCAGACGUGACGCAGAUUACUUACUUAGUUAAUGACCUAAUAUUUAAGUUCUAAUCUUAAGUUCUGCAGGAGGUCUAUUUUUAAAAUAAUUUUUCACUUUUUGUAUAAAGCAUGUAUGUAUAGUAUUUCGUAUUACGCAUUAUGUCGUAGUGUUAUUAGUGGUACCGAUAUCGUGGAGCACUUAAGCGCGGAGACUCGUCUGCUGAAUCGCGAUUAAUCUGCACUUAUUUGUCGACAGCGAACAAUUCAAUAAGCGGAGUAAUUUAUCUUGGGAAGCUGACGGGAGCAAUUGCAGCUGCGAUUGCCGUUGGAAGGCAGAAUAAUUAAUAGAAUACACGCGACGGAGCAAAGAGAGUACCACCCGGUCGUCAUCGAGCGCGCGCGAUUGUAUUAGCGGUAUCGAUCGCGCUGAUAACAAUGCCACGACAAGAGAUAAGCUAUGAAGUUCUCCGAACCCCGUCGCGACAAAGGACUUGACGGGAUUUAUACCGUCACUUCGUAAUUCGCUCGUUUAUUGCAACUGAUUCGCGUGUAAUAAGGGGAUCGAGCAAACCACCGCGCGCCAUUACGCCACAUACACAUACACGCAUACAAAGCUCGCUUUAUUUCUUUGUAACGGUAGAUACGCAGAAGAUACCGCUUUAUUGCGGAACGACUUUACGACGUUGAGUGACUCCGUGGAGAGUAAGACGAGUAACCAAGAUUGAAAGAAAUUACGCUCCAUCUCUUUCGCUCUCUUUUUAUUUUAUCGCGCUACGUUGCAUUUCGUGCUUCUCUCUUCGCAAAGUCCCGAAUUACUUUGUGUACAUACGUACAAACUCAUUGCGUUGCGUAACAAGUGCGACUCAAUAUAUAUAUAUAUAUAUAUAUAUUAUAUAUCUUUGAUAUUGCGACAUUUUUUACGAUAGACUAUCGACAAUGCUAAGAAGCACGUGAUAUCAUUGACGUAACGCGCGAGAUGACUUUAUGUCAUUUACUCGUUACGUCUUCCAUGCGUAUCACGCGCCAAUAUUUCGGUCCACGAUACGCGGAGCGUUUCGAAUGAACUACAUGUUUGUUUUGCGAGAAGAUAUGAAAAUUGUUGAACAUACUACGUUGAUUAAAAUAUUGUUGAAUCGAUGUAUUCUUACGUAAUUUGCGUUGCUUAAGCGUAUACAUUAUUCAUUUCUACCGUCAUUCUUCGACCGUAAGAGAAAAAUCAUUCGAUGAAAUUAUUUUUUAUAAAUAUAUAAAGGUUUUUUGUAUCUUGACUUAACGUAACGUAGAACGUGUCUUCGGAAGGAAUGUAUUUCUACAGCAGGUUUAUAUUUGCAAUGAUAUUCGGUUUAAGAAAAUAUUCGAUAAGCACACAUGUCGAUGCAGAAAUUCUCUGGGACACCCUAUAGAGAAAUUGUACCUGAGGCUGGACCAAAUAAAUCAUGGUAUGCAGUGACCCGUUGUUAUCAGAGCAAAUGAACUGUACAUUACAAAUAGCGGCGUAUGCAGAACGUAACAAAAAUAUUCAGUAUUUUAACGUGCCUGAAAUUUUGCGAAACUUCAAAUGUCGGGAUUUUUCGAUUGAAAUCUAUUUAAAAUUUACAAUCUAUUCAUUAGAAAAAAAUCGAUCCCGUGGUCUUAUUUACUCAUUCAAUAGUUGCUUAUUCGCGAUUUAUCUUCUCAAUCACUUGCAAAAAUAUUAUCAUAAAAAUAUUUCUUUUGUCGAAAUAAAAUAAUUAGAAAUUUUAAUUUUAAAGGAUUGAUAUAAAUUAUUAAGAAGAGCUUUUCAUGUGCUGCAAUACAAUCAUUUGCGUAUAAAUUUCCUACUGAUUUUAAUGUGCCGUUAUUUAGUAUAUUCUGACUUCCUGUUCUCAUCGGUUCGACCGUGCAAUCACAAAUUGGUUUCUUCCGCAGCGACAAAUAAAUUCAACAGAUGGCGAUAUUUGAAACAUACUAACGUCUGGUCGUGUCUGCUUCUCCACCAACUAAUUUCUCUGCGCCAGCCUUGAGAGGCGUUAUCUUAUUUGUAGCUUAUUAUUACACGAUAUCACUGCGAAUUUUUCUGUCACAAAAAGAAGCCAGACGGUAGAAGAUUAAAUAGACUGAAACAUUUUACUUCUGCACAAACUGCUGAAAAUGUGCAAAACAAUGAUAAGAAUGAGAAAAUAUUUAAAGAAUUUGAAGUCUGCUUUUUCUUAGCGAAGUUCAACGUAAAAUAUAAUUAGCGUUUCAGACAAAGAACUUUCAAAAAACUUUAGAAACUUAUUAUAAAAUUCAAAAGAAUGAAGAGAAAAAUAUUAUAAAAUCUUCAUUUUUGAAUCCUAGAUAGAUUUAAGUGUAACAAAAAUUUUAUUUCUAGGAUUACCUACCAAACUAUUUAAUGUUUAAACGGAAAUAUACAAAGAAAAUAAAUAAUUAAAAUCAAUAUCUUUUGGCAUCACAAAUGUAGAAUGAGCGUAAUGCAGCUCUUAAAUUGCACGUGAGGGAAAAUAAGAUUACUGAUUCAGCACGUGCUUUCUCCCACCAGCAUAUUUGCUAAAAGCAAGAUAAGCAAUUUUUUAUCAAGAGAAAUCGGAUAUUCGUUAUUACUUUUAACGAGAGUUUGUAAUUAUUCGUUAUAUAAUUGUCUGCGAUGCUUUCCAUUUAAUUGAAAAAUUCUUUUCAAAUAACAGUUUUAAUUCGAAAUGAAUGUAUUGUGUCAUACAAUAUAUUCAACCGAAUAUUUUUCUCUGUUGUUAUUAAAAAAAUAUUAGUUUAAUUAAAAAAACAUUACUUUGUUAGAAAAUAAAAUGAAGCUUCCGAUAUAAAUACUAUGUAUCAAUUUUCAAAAGAUAAAAAUAUACUUAUAUUAUUUUGAAGUUAUUAUCAAUAUUGUACAUCAAUCAAAAAUAUGAAGUUUUGCGCUGGUUAUUAUCAAUUUUGACUUCCGGGUUAGACACACAUUUUCUGUCACUUUGGUUUCAUGAACAUUUCAAUUCACUUUAUCAGAGUGGAAAAUAACUUAAUACUGCAUAACAAUAAAAAAACUUAAUUUUGUAAUAACUUUAAGACAUUGUAAUUUGAUAUUGUUGCCCAAUUAGUAACUAAAUCAAAUGAAUUUUGUUUUCAUUUUUUAUUUAAAAAAUAAUUUCAUUGUUAUUUAAAAAAUUAUAAAUAAGUUUUUAAUAUGAUUAAAUUUAGUAUAUCGUCAUAUUAGUAAUAUUCGGAAUUAAUUUAGUACUUAUAUGUAUUUAGUAUUUAUAAAUUACACGUGGUAAUUACGGUAAUAGGUUUUAUUAUUAUUUUAUUACGGCAACUAGACGUGAUCAAAAACUCAUUUUUCCUCAUUUUAGCGUAUCUUGGAACAAUAUCUUUACGUGCACGCGAUAACUGUACGACAGUAAUUACUUUGUGACUUUCCAACAACACGGAUGUAAAUGAUGCAACAUGUUAAGUAACAAGCACGACAACGAUCGCAAGAUCAAAUGGGAGAGCAGACACGGUCAGUGUACCUUGAUGUGUCGGAGUUUAUGACACAACAGACACAAAGAAGAGAUAUGUGUUGGAUCGACAAAGUUGAACUUGUUCUUGAUAAACACUCGAAAAAUAAAAUAUGUCAUAAAUAUCACAAAGGAAAGAGAAUAUCAAGGCACAACAACGUAAUAAAACAAGAACAUAAUACAAAGUGCAAGAAGAUUUUAAAAAAUUGUGACUAAUCUCAUCGGCGUCACUAAUCUUAUAGAUCGUAGAAGCCAAAGUAAAAGAACACGCGAUACCUUUAAACGAUUACGUAAGCAACUAUGCAAUAUAUAAUAGUAUUGAAUUAUCAGUAUAUCCUCUCCGAUAUCAUUUUGACACCAAUGAAGUAUUUCAAGCUCUCCAUCUAACACUUUGUUCCAAUAUUCAACAUUUUAUUAACAUUAUUAAUAUAUAUUAGAUAGUUGCAAAAGUUUUAACCUUUUUUCAGCGCUUUGAUAUUAUUAUUUAAACUUUAAAUAAGUUUUCGCUUUUUUGUUUGGUUUUGAAGAAUUGGCAUCAAAAGUUGUGAAACGUCAUACGUCAUUUAACGAUAAACAUAACUUCGAAAAAUAAUAGUAAACGCGAUGAACAACGAAAAGUUAUAUGUACUUACCGUAUUCAGCAAAUCAUUUUGUAGUUCAGUUGGAAAGUUUUUCCGCACGUAUUCACUUGGUGCCUUCGGAUUACCACUUGUUUCAUCAAUCAAUUUUUUAAAACUAGAUAGUACUUUUGAAACGUGACUGAGAUGCGAAAACAAAAUUUUUUUCGCAAAGAAAUUCGAAAUUUAUCCGAAAGAUGACAGAAAAUUGUAAGAAACGAGAACAAAUAUUAUAUAAUAUAUAAUAGUUAUAAUAUAUUAUAUAAUAUAAUAUUUUGAUGAUUGAAUUGUAUUGCACAUAUUAUGCACCUAAAAAUCAAAAACAUGCAAAAAAAGGACUAAAACCUUUGCAUACACUUAAUAAUUAUUAUAAUAUUUUUGAUUAAUGUGUUAUCUCGAUACUCUUUCGCUUAAAUAUUGCUCCAUGAUUCAACACGGUUUCCGUCCGAUACUUUCUCCAUGAAAACUAUGAAAACAUAGUUGAAAAGUCCAUAGUGACAUCGCAACAUUUGAUUCCAGGUAAUAUACUUAUGAACAUAUCUAUAGAGCAUCCCUAUAAAGUAGCGUGACUGGUAUUCUAUACUCUAUAGUGUGAUUGCAGCACUCCGUUGACGUCGUCGCUCUACUAUAUAACGGGUAGCCGAAGAGAAGGGAGAAGUGGAAGCACGAGGCAUUUGCGUAAUGCGAGUGAGUUGCGAGCUGGGACGUUAGUGGCAUUCAUUGUCAGUAGCACUUGAGCGUUUGCGCGCGUCAGAGCUUACGUUCGAUCGAUUUUUUUUCUUUCGGCGCGGUUUUAUUCUUUUCUUUUUUUUUUUCGCUCCGCGAAUUCCGCGACUCGUGAACCCGGAAGUCGAUCCGGUCGACCAAAACGGCUCUGUCUGAUCCGGAAGAGCGACAGACUUCCACUCGCGUGGCGACAUUAGAGUGAUCGAAAAAAGUGGCGAUGAUCGAUAGCGUCGCAGUCUGGUGCGUAACAAUGCAGCCUGCUGGAAGUUAGCACGUGUGGGAACCAUUUCUGCAGGUGAUCAGCAAAAAAGGCAGAGAAGUCGUAAAACCAAAAUUCUGAUUAUAUAUUAUAUACACGGUCUGUCCAGGCUCUGGUGUAACUGGUAUCGAAAAAAUACAAGAUAUCAAUUAGUUUUUAUUUUUUUUAAUUCAACACACACUUUUUCUGAGUUUAUAUAAUAUCGCUGGAAGCGAUUAAACAAUUUUUCGUCGUAACGCUUUCCUUUCAUCGUCAACUUAGUUGUUUUGAGAAUAAGCAAAACUCGGAAUCAAAUCAAAUCAAGCGAAUACAGAGAGUGGUCGAAUACUAUGAUGCCUUUUCUGGUUAAGAAAAGGUCGUGUACAAUCUUGAAUUUGUGUUUCGGUGCAUUAUCGUGCAGAAGCGAUCCUUGCUCUGUAUUUAGGCCAAACCUGAAUCCCGUUCCACAAACGAUUCAAAACACCCAAACAAUAAUCCCAAAAAAUAAAAUAAGCAUUCACCGUUUGAUCUUCGAUAUGAAUUCUUUGUGAAGAAUUGUUUUCGAAUCGAAGAAAAUUGUGAGCAAUCUUGAUUUGGCUCUUUUGUAUACGCACUUUCUUCGAUAUUGACUCUUCCGCCAUUCCAUAUUCUGUACCGUUCUGUAAGUGGCUCAUAUGGAAAACAUUGUGUUUCGUCAUCAGUUACGAUGUUUCUCAUGAAAUCCGGAUCAAUAUUGGUCACUUUUAGCAUGUCUUUGUAAUAUUCCACUCUGAUAUUUUUUCUUCCUCUUCAGCGUUUGUGAUACGAAGUAUGCACCUUUGGUUUGCCCAAAUCCUCGGUCAAAAUUUAAUGUACAUUUAAUGCUUUUAAAUAUGCUCUUUUGAACUCCUCGACAAGUUGUGCAGACAUACAGCGGUCCGAUCAAGGAAUUUCAAGCACUUUUUGCACAUUUUCGGGAGUACAACUUGUUUUUGACAGCGGUGCUCGAAGCGUUGCGAUGUUUUCUCCGCUGUCACGAAAUCAAGCAUAUUAUCUAAAAACAUUGAAAUGAUCCAAACAAUCAUUACUCUACAUACUUUCAUAUAUACUUUUUAUUAUUUUGUACAUUUCAUUACAGCUUAAGAGUUUUGCCCAGCUUAACAGAAUUUAAUAUUGGCUCUUUGUUCCUUUGUUUCUGUUUUUUCGAUGAGCGUCAAUAAGAUAUUGUCACACUCAACGUCAAAACGAAUGACGCAAUAUACUAGCGUGGUCAUAGCUUUUGGGUGGUCAUAGCUCACUAGCUCAAGUAUCAAGCUUCAUAACACAAUCACUCAUCAAGAGACGAUCCGGCAGGAAAAGACUUUUAUAAAAACUCAAUUAGAGCCCACAUCAGAGCCCGGACAGACCGUAUAUAUGUAAUAUUUAUAUAUUAGAACAUUGUAGCUAUUUAAAUUGUGAUUAGAAUUUUAUUUGUCGCUAAUAUGCAUAUAGAAUUAUCUCCAAAGUUAUCUCCGUUUUCAUUUCCAUAGACUAAUUUCCUGUCAGUAAAUGUUUUCUACAAAAGCCAUUUGUUCUUUGGUAUCUCUUAUGUUCAAUUUAAGAUAUCUUGCAAUUAUGAUUUUUGUGAAGGGAAGUUAAAAAAAAUUAGCUUAAAAUUGAACAAACACAAAUGCGAAGUUUGGUGUGUCUGUCAAAACGACGUUGAUAUAUCGAUGUGCUUCGGGCAAGUAUACUCGGGCUUAAGUUAAACAGUUUAAAAGCAAAUUUCUUGGUCGAUGGACUUUGAACGCGCACGCGAGAACGACGAUGGGAAAAUAGACCGCAGCUGAUCGUCACAAACAACUUUCCCGGCUAUGCGUCAUCUGACUGCCGCGAUAACAACUCGACAUUAGCGUUUCUGAAAUCCUGUGCAAUCCCUCAAUCAUGGACAAUAAAGAUAGUCACUCUCUUUCCGGAACUCAUUGCUCAAAGUGACCGAUAAGGAGCACUAGAAACAGUUUCAUGCAUUAUAUAAAUCUGCGGAAGCUUAUCAUUUUGAUUGGAUUCACUGUUGAUACUGAUUUAUUGGACUUUUACUACUAAUAUAUAUUUUUAGUAUAUCUAUUUCCAGUAGUCAACUAAUAUCUAUCACUUUCGUUUUUAACUCAAUUAACUGAUUAAAUAUUUGAAAAUAUUCAUAAGUUUGGGAUGAGAGGUAGAGAAAGAAGGAGGGAAGGAGGGGAAGAGGUAAAGGGGAGAGAGAGAGAGAGAGAGAGAGAGAGAGAAUAGAAGAGCGUAAACUUUGAGUUAACCUUGAUCUUAUAAAUUGAAUGACGAGAUAUCGUAAAUUUUCAUGGAUCCCUCGAGAAUUAUAAAUAUUCAUACGUCAAUUAAAUAUUCUGAGGUCAACAAAAUGAUAUCUUGGUAAAAAGAGAAAGCUUGUAGAAUCAACGAGACCUUCGGGCAAUAAAUCAUAAAAUAUAUGAAGAAAAAUGCGACUAAAAAUUCGCAUGCCAACGAAAAACUUAUAAUACUAUUAUAAAUUGAUUUAUAUUAUUUUUUAUAUCAAGUAUAACAAAAUUUGUUUAAAAUUCAAAUCAUGUUAUUCUAAUUCUUUCGAAAUAUUUAUAUAAAUAUUGUAGAAUGAAUCAUGAUCUUGAUAGCAAAUUAAUAUCUUAUAAGCAGAAUAUAAAAAUAAUACAAGAAUAUCACAUUAACAUGUAACAAUACAGAAGAGAAAUUUUUAUGUUGAGAUUAAAGUUUUUCUGCAGUUCCAAAAA